GACACCGCCAUCUACUACAACAACCGGGGGCUCGCGUACCUUCGCAUGGAGAACUACGAGAGUUGCUUCCAGGACUUCGAUGUUGCUACCCAGCUCAACCCCAACGACCCCAACUACUUCUUCAACCGCGGGAACGCCUACCUUACCAUCCGCAACGUAGAGCAGGCUCUUUCCGAUCUCGACGAGGCCAUCUCCCUGGCCCAGUCGAUCCCUGCCUACUACCACAGCAAGGGAGUUGCGUUCCAGGCGCUGGGACGGAAGGCUGGGGCGAUCGAGAUGUUUGACAAGGCGCUUGCACUGAACCCCAAG